AAGGGCCCCAAGUUCAAGAUGCCCGAAAUGCACAUCAAGACACCAAAAAUCUCCAUGCCUGACAUCGACCUGAACCUGAAGGGCCCCAAAGUGAAGGGAGACGUGGAUGUGUCCCUGCCCAAGAUUGAGGGCGACCUGAAGGGCCCCAAAGUAGACAUAGAAGCUCCUGAUGUGGACAUUGAGCUGCCAGAGGGGAAAGUGAAGGGGCCCAAGUUCAAGAUGCCUGAAAUGCACUUCAAAGCCCCCAAAAUCACCAUGCCUGACUUCGAUCUGAGCCUGAAGGGCCCCAAAGUGAAGGGAGACGUGGAUGUGUCUGUACCCAAAAUAGAAGGGGACCUGAAGGGCCCCGAGGUGGACAUCAAGGGUCCCAAAGUGGACGUGGACCUUCCUGAUGUGGACAUUGAGGGACCUGAGGGGAAAGUGAAGGGUCCCAAAUUCAAGAUGCCCGAAAUGCACUUCAAAGCCCCCAAAAUCACCAUGCCUGACUUCGAUCUGAGCCUGAAGGGCCCCAAAGUGAAAGGAGACGUGGAUGUGUCCGUGCCAAAGAUUGAGGGUGACCUGAAGGGCCCUGAGGUGGACAUCAAAGGCCCCAAAGUGGACGUGGACCUUCCUGAUGUGGACAUUGAGGGUCCUGAAGGGAAAAUGAAGGGCCCCAAAUUUAAGAUGCCUGAAAUGCACAUCAAGACACCAAAGAUCUCCAUGCCUGAUGUUGACUUUAACCUGAAAGGACCAAAGCUGAAGGGGGACGUGGAUGUGUCUGUGCCCAAAAUAGAAGGGGACCUGAAGGCCCCCGACAUCGACAUUAAAGGCCCCAAAGUGGACGUGGACCUUCCUGAUGUGGACAUUGAGGGUCCUGACGGGAAACUCAAAGGACCCAAAUUCAAAAUGCCUGAAAUGCACUUCAAAGCCCCCAAAAUCUCCAUGCCUGAUGUUGAUUUCAACCUGAAGGGCCCCAAAGUGAAGGGGGACGUGGAUGUGUCCGUGCCAAAGAUUGAGGGCGACCUGAAGGGCCCCAGCGUUGACAUCAAAGGUCCUAAAUUGGACGUGGACCUUCCUGAUGUGGACAUUGAGGGACCUGAAGGGAAA